GAAGAAGCUGUCAUAUUCAUUUCUGCUCGGCACACACGAGAUUCCGAAUCGCGGUCAUCGCUAUAGGAACUCUUUGAAAGUUUUUCUGUUUUAAAUCGCUGCUGUGUGAAAAUUCCCUUUUUUGGAGCAAAAUGGACAAAGAAACAGCCGUCUUACAACGUAAACUGGAAUCUGAGUUGAAAAACUAUAAAGAUGCACAGAAAGAAUUCAAUAAAUUGGUCCAGCAGCAACAACUCCUGGAUGGCCAAUACAACGAGAACAAAAAUGUUUUGGAGGAAUUGCAGCUUUUGAAGCCAGCCAACACGGUGUAUAAAUUGUACGGUCCUGUUCUUGUGAAACAAGAAUUGGAGGAGAGUAAGCAAAAUGUAACCAAACGAAUCGAUUACAUUAAUAAGGAGCUGAAGAAAUGCACCGAUAAUAUCUCCAACCUUGAACAGAAGCAGGACAAGUACCGGGCAAAUCUUCAGAAACUCCAGCGCCAGUACCAAAAUCAAAUAGCACUAACAAAGCCUUAGAAGCAAAAUGUGGACUAUAUUCUUUGCAUUAAUUUUUGCACCUUUACUCGCUUCGAUAAAAAAUGCUGUCCUAGAUUUAAGUACUAAUCUCCACGUAUUGCGGACAAUUUCACGAACAACAUCUAUCAAUAAUACACGGUAAUAUUAA